AUGCCUGGGAGUUUUGGAUCAAAAUGGCAUGGGAAUAUGAGAUUAACAGAAGUAGUUGUGGUGGGUUUACUUGUUUUAGCUUCUGUUAUUGCUUCAGCAGAAGCCAUAACAAGGUAUAAUGGAAAUCAAGAAACGAAAACUCAGUCAGGUUACGAACAUGUUUGGCCAGACAUGGAGUUUGGGUGGAGAAUUGUGGUGGGUAGCAUAAUUGCAUCCUUUGGAGCAGCUUCUGGGAGUAUAGGAGGAGUUGGUGGUGGUGGCAUAUAUGUUCCUAUGCUUGCCUUGAUCAUUGGAUUCGAUACAAAAUCAUCGGCAGCAGUCUCAAAAUGUAUGAUCACAGGUGCCGCAGGAGCUACGGUUUUCUACAAUAUAAAACAAAGACAUCCGACACUCGAGCAACCUAUCAUCGAUUAUGACCUUGCACUUUUAUUUCAACCGAUGUUGAUGCUUGGAAUCAGUCUUGGAGUUGCUUUCAAUGUGAUUUUUCCCGAUUGGCUUAUCACAAUUUUGAUAAUUAUUCUCUUCAUAGGCUUGUCUAUUAAGUCAUUAUUGAAAGGAAUUGAAACUUGGAAAAAGGAAACCCUAUCGAAAAAGGAGGCUACUGAAAGCUUGGAGUUAACGGAUAUUGUAAAUCAAGUAGAAGAAUCCGAAUGCGAGCCUGAGUCUUUAAGCAACACAACUCCAAAAGAAUCCAAGCAAGUUAAAAGACCGAAGUUCUCCGUUCAUGAUAAUAUUUACUGGAAAGAGCUUGGAUUUCUUGUUGGUGUCUGGGUUAUCAUCCUUGCACUACAAAUUGCUAAGAAUUACACAACAACUUGUUCUAUGCUAUACUGGAUCUUAAACCUCUUACAGCUACCAGUAGCCGGUGGAGCUAGCAUAUACGAGGCUGUUAGGUUGUACAAAGGGCGGAGAAGGAUUGCAUCAAAGGGAGACAUGGACAUAAACUUGCGAGUAUAUCAAUUGGUUUUUUAUUGUGCUUGUGCUGUAGUCGCAGGUAUAGUUGCUGGAUUGCUUGGUAUUGGUGGAGGAUUCAUUUUAGGCCCCCUAUUUCUCGAGCUUGGAAUGCCUCCUCAGGUGUCAAGUGCCACAGCCACCUUCGCCAUGACAUUUUCUGCAUCAAUGUCGGUUGUAGAGUAUUACUUGCUAAAACGUUUUCCCAUCCCUUACGCUCUAUACCUCUUCUGCGUGACAGUCAUUUCUGCGUUAGUAGGUCAACUUGUAAUAAAAAAGCUUAUUGAUGUAUUAGGCAGAGCAUCUGUGAUCAUCUUCACCUUGUCCAUCACUAUGUUUGCAACCGCAUUGUUGCUAGGUGGACUAGGCUUGGUGAAAAUGGUUGACAGGAUUCAACACAAAGAGUACAUGGGGUUUUAUAGUCUUUGUGCAUAUACUUAG